AUGAUAGCUUGGCUAAUGACUGGUUUAUCAAUUUUUCUUAUUCCUGUAUAUUACAAAAUUUUCAAAAAUGAACAAAUUUUAAUGAUUCAAUUUUUAAUACCCAAAAUCGAUCCCAAUACCGAUUUUGGAUAUACAGCUUUUUUUAGUGAUCUAAUCAUAAAUGUAACAUUUAUGAUUGUUACUUUGGAAGUUUUCUUCUGCGCUGUUAGUGCUAUAUUCAGUGUUUACAUAAUAAUAACUGGAAAUUGGCCCGCUGCAUAUCCAUAUUUUGUAUUAAAUUUCAAUGCACUUUAUAUAUAUUGUUUUCUGGGAACGGCACUUGAUAAUGCUACUGACAGAUGUGUUGAUAUUAUUUAUGAAAUUGAAUGGUACAAUUUAGAUUUGAGAUCUCGGAAAAUGAUUUUAGUUAUGCUAAUAAAAGCUCAAAAGAAAACAGUGUUUACAGUUGGUGGAGUAGCACCUUUAUCUGUUAAUACGGCUCUACAAGUAACGAAAACAAUUUACAGUUACAUAAUGAUGUUAAUGAGUUUUGUUGAUUAA